CGAACGAAAACAUAGCUGUAUUGUGAAAGACGAAGAGGAGAAGCCGCUACUCGCAAAGAAUCUGAUGUUGUAGCUUUCCAAGAAUCAGCCAUAAUCUACCAUGCUCUAACUAAUCACUCAUUUAUAUCCCAAGAGUUAGCAGUCAGACAGACAUGGCAUCUGUUUGCUGAACUGCUUCAUCUUCAGCCACUACUAGCACCAAACAUUGGUGUGCAACUUCCCAGUGAAUGAGACAGACCCACCAUCACCAUGGAAACAGAAACAGAAGUUAUUCCUAUCUGGCAGAAUAAGCCUCAUGGAUCCACCCGUAGUGUUGUGAGAAGAAUAGGUUCUACUCUCCCACUCAAACCUCCCCAAAGGGCAUGUUUCCAGGAACUACCGGGCCUACCCUCUCUUCGGCCUAUGGAUGGCCCUAUGGUUCCAACCUUGGCAGACAUAGCCUGGAUUGUUGCAGAUGAAGAGGAGACAUAUGCCAGAGUGCGGAGUGACACACGUCCUCUAAAACACGAAUGGCGGCCCACGCCUCUCCUGGUGCUCCACAGGAACUCAUCUGUGCCCAACUUCCGCCGUGAGGGUAAAAGGGUGGAGGGGCUUAGGAAGCCUGGGGUUACAGCACUAAAUCGUACUACAGCACUGCAGGACGAGCUCAGCAGACUCCGUGCACAGAUCGCCAAGAUUGUGGCAAGUGAUUCUGGCUCUAACCCCCUGACUCCUGACCUGCUUUCUCCCGAUGACACAAGUAUGAGCUUCUCCAUGGCGCCUUUCGAGACGGCGUCCUACCAGCCAGCCGCCACGGCUGCUGCUUCUUUUGUCAUCAGUGACGUCACAGAGGAGGAAGAAGAGGAGGAGGAAGAGGAAGAUGAGAAAGAUGUGGUCUCUGUGGUGUCAGAGCUGGUCCCUGACCCUCUGCCGCCUGUUUCCAUGACGGCAUCAGCAACCUUUGACCUGGACAGGCCCAGCAUGGACUUCCGUGAAGCUGAAGAGGAUACGGUGUCGCUGUCAAAAUCCACCAGCUUUGCUGACGUUAUGGACAUCCUGAAGGACAUGAACCGCAUGAAGAUGAGCAAAGACAGGUACAACAGAGGCUGUACAUCCCUUAGAGAGGAAGACUCUGCAACUCUGAUUUCAGAGGCUUUGAAGAAAAAGUUUGUCUUGAAGGAAGAAGAUACUGCUGCUGUGAAACGGAAGUAGCCCAAUCACGAGUUUAUCAUCACUACCCGAUCCUGCUGUUCCAUGCCUUUGCCUGUGGAAUAUGUACCCAUGGAUCCACAACCUUGCUACUCAGACCCAAGGCAAUAGCUGUGUGCCAGAGUUAGAACAAAAAAACACUUUGUCCCAGACAUUCAAAACCAAAUGUGAACUUCACAGGGCUGGUGAAGUAUGAGGUGGAACGGCCAACUCUUGGUAACAAUAAUCGGUUUCAGCACUGUGUGGCAUAUUGCAUUCAUCUCUGAAAAAAAAAAAAAAAAAAAUUUUAUGUUCAAAUUUAUUUUCAAUAAGGAUUCAACAGACUGGUGCCAGUGCUGUCCAUCCAGGGCAUUGUGUUGUAGGAGGGCGCUGAAGGGGCUGACAUCCAAACUAUCAUGACAAUAUUUUUGGACUUAAAUUGAGGAUUUCCCCUUUUUAAGGAGCAUUUUAUUCAUCCUGCUAUGAAAACAGUCCUACAGGAUUUUUUUUUUCUUUUUUGAAUUUUCCAUAGAAGAAAUGCAAAUAAAUGCUUUUGUUUUUUUCUGUUGUGUAAAGAAGUCCUCUAACAUACUUGAAAAUAUUUUUCAGACAAAGAGUGCGCAUGCAGAGACGUACUGUAGCUUAUCAACAGUUUGUGAGGGGGAAAACAAGUUCAGAUCUUUGCUGUUAAUAUUUGCAAUUCAGUACUGAGUUUGCAAAUGUGCACAGCAUCAUGUAUGUUGCUUGCUCUUAUGCCUGUCCCCUUGUUUGUGAUUAACAUAGAUUGGUAGUCACUGAACCAUAUGACACUGAUUUUAAAAUGAAAUACUGAUACAGUUUGAAGAGUGAACUGCAUGAUCUAUAAAUGAAAGGAUGUGUGUGAGUGAAAUUUGCACCUGCCAUUGUUUGCAGCUCUUUGUAUUUCCAGUAAAGGCAGCAACAGAUACAAGUACAGGUCUCUUACUAAUUUCCCCCAAAACCGCUUCUAUGAUGUUACUUACUGAUAUGAAAUCAAAGAGAUGAUUUCAGUUUGAGCAAAGAUAACUGAGCUGUUUUUGAGAGUGCUUUUCCUUCAAUCUGUAUGCAGACUUUUGACAAAACCAUGGGUAAAAUGCUUGUGUGUGUCACAAUGAAUAUUCUUGUUGGCGCCUUACCACAAAACUUAUGCCUGUUCCAAUGCCUGAUUUUAUUCCCAUAUUAGCUCAAAGUGCCAUGGGUUUGUUUUAAUCAGCCCACCCCGUAAUGCCUGCCCUUUCUUCUUCCUGAAUGUGCCCUCCAUCCUCAACUUUAUUAAGUUCCCCAUGUCUUCAUCCCACAAACAUACAAUGAACGACUUUGUUUAGAAUCAGUUGUGAGAGUGGGUUAUUGCUGAAUGUUAAAAAUAACCACUCGCAUCAAAAUACUUUUCUCACUUUUACUUACACUCAUAUCACUCCUGUUUUUCAUCUGUCAUAUUUAUGCCUACAUGACUUGGAAUCCUUUAGUGUAGUUUUGCAGUGUGAAAAGUUACUGCUAACUUGUGUGUUUGAACUGAACAAGAAUGUGCCCAUCCGUGUGUCAUUGUAUGCAGUGGAGUUGAAGUAUGUUUUGUCUUGUUAGAAAUGGCGCUGAACGAGUCUCUGGUAAUUUUUCUCAACAGUUAACUUCCUCAUCAGCCAAAGUGAUGAAGUAUAAACUGAUAAGCUGAAAUACUAUAUGCAAGUUGAAAUAUAUUCAUUGUAUGUCUGUACUUGAGAUGGUGAAACUUGCACAACUUCAGUUGAGGAUUUUUCAGAGAAUUUAUUGACUUUGUUUUGAAUUUUGACUGUUUGUGCGUGCUGGUUUGAGCGUUUCUCACCAUUGUACCUCUGUGUAGGGUUGAGCCCACCACCACCACCUGUACGUUUAUUUUUUUGUCUUGUAUGGACUUGUAAAUAAAGAUGGGCUGAUGUUUUGAAACUA